UAUUUAAAUAUUUUAAAAUAAAUACGAGAAUCUAAAUUAAAUUUUAAAAAAUGACUGAAUUUGUAUUCAAUUAUUGUUUAAAUCAAGUAAUGGAAGGAUGUGCAGAAACUUGUACUCAAAGAAUAAAAAAAAGAAGAAAGCGUAUUUAUAGAAAUCUAGCUCUUUUAAAAUUGCACAACUUUAGAAGUUUAAAUGAAAAUCCAAAUUUCGAACAUUUAAAGACAAUAAAAACUUACCCAAAUGAUGUUUUUUAUUCAAACAUACAAAUGCAAAAAAAUACUUUUGCGAAGCUGCUAUCAUACGUAGAUUCCUUAUGGCGAAAUUCAUUUUAUGGUAGACCACCUAUAAAUGCUGAACUUUCAUUAUAUAUAACUAUUUAUAGGCUUGUAAAUAGAGCCACAAUGGCAGAAAUAUCAGAAAAAUUUUCAAUAGGAAAAGGAUCCGUUCAUAGAAUGGUAACAAGAAUGACAAGAAUAUUAACGAAUUUAAAGGAAAAAUUUAUAAUAUGGCCACAAUCGAAUGAAGAAUAUAAAAAAUUAAUGAAAGGUUUUCAAAACAUUAAAUCCAAUAAUCCAUUUCCAAAUGUAGUAGGUUGUUUGGGAUGUACACACUUAAGAAUAUAUCAACCAAAAAUAGGUGCAUCUAGUUAUUGCAACUCAAAUAAAACAUUUUCUAUGAUUUUACAGGCUAUUUGUGAUAGCAAUUUUCGAUUUAUUAAUGUUUACUUUGGUUGGCCCGGUGGAAGUCAUGACGCUGAUGUGUGGAAAAAGAAUCCAUUAUAUGAAAAACUUCAAAAUCAAAGUAUAAUUAUACCACAAGAUGGUUAUAUAUUGGGUGAUACGAAUUUUCCGCUUGAAACAUUUUUAAUGGUUCCUUUUAGAGACGAUGAGAAUCUAUCAUCCGAAAAAAUACAAUUUAAUGAAACAUUAAAUUAUAUAAGGAUUACAAUCGAAAAAUCUUUUGGAGUUUUAAAGAAAAAAUUUUCGAUUUUAAAGCAUUUACCUGUAAACAAGUUAUCAGAGGCAAAGUACAUAGUUUCUUCAUGUAUUAUGCUUUAUAAUUUUAUUAUCGAAAUGGAGGGAAUAUCAGCAUCUGAUCUAAAUAAUCUUGAUAAUGAUGAAAUUAUUAGUCCGCCACUUGAACAAUAUAGUUUCAAUGAGGCAGCUAUUAAAAAAAGGAAUCUGUUAGCUAAUUCGUUUAGAACUUAACAAAAAAAAAUUUCGAAUCGGUUAUAAUAAACUUUUCUAGAGCACCAACGUAAAUAUAAAAACGCAUAAUGCAAAUUUAGAAAAAUAAAACAUUUGUUUUUUUCUUUUUUG